UCCGGGGAGUGUGGUGAGCACCUCGGAGCUCUGCGCUGGGCCCGACGCCGGGAGGCGCCACCCAACCCGCCGACUCCCCGGCUUUGCCCAGGAUGCCAGAGGCCACGACCUCCUGCCAGGACCUGAAGCGAUGGAAGAAGCAGCAGCCAGUGCGCCGCACGGUCAGUCAGAUUUGCCCGCCCCCGCGGCGGCCCCUGACCGUGGUCGACAUCCGGCCUGGCAUGGAGAACGAGAGGCUGGGGGUCGUGCGGGAUUCCAUGUUUCAGAACCCGCUCAUCGUCAAGGCUGAACUUGGGAAGCCCCGGGAAAGAAGCUGCAGUUUGCCUGGAAUUAAUUUUAAUUAUGGACUCUACGUCCGGGGGCUGGAUGGAGGGGUCCCUGCAGCCAUUGGGCACUGGAAUGUGUUUAAGCAGCAGCCCACCUGCCCCCAAGAGCUGACCCGGAAUUACAUUGCAAUGAACCGUGGAGCCGUGAAAGCUGGCCUGGUCACCGCCCGGGAGAAUUUCCUCUACCGUCAGCUCAACGAUAUCCGCAUCAGCGACCAGGAUGACCGGCGCCUGAAGAAGGAACCACCCUCUCUCCCUCCAAACAUGACGUUUGGGAUCCGGGCACGGCCUUCGACACCCUUCUUUGAUCUGCUGCAGCACCGGUACCAGCAGCUCUGGGUGCAGGAACAGAAGGCCACCCAAAAAGCCAUUAAAAUGGAGAAAAAGCACAAGGUGAUCCUUGGGAAGCUGUACGAGACCCGGAGCAGUCAGCUGAGGAAGUACAAGCCGCCGGUAAAGCUGGAUGCCCUCUGGCAUAUGCCCCACUUCCAGAAGGUGGGCCCCCAUCUGGAUACGUUCCCCACUGAGGCCGAUCGCCAGAGAGCAUUCAAAGCCCACCGGGAAGGGCACGCCGUGCGCCAAGGGACCCUGCGGAUGGGCAACUACACCCACCCCUAGACCCUCACCUUCUCAACACAGUAGAAAAUGCCCCCAAAGAACAAACCUUUCUUGCCCCAACUCACAUAAGACACUCCCCCAUUUUUAUGGGGGGUUCUGCUUCUGCCAAGACCUCAGAUUCAGGUCUUAGGUUAAUUAUUUUUGGUAAGAUCACCCCCUUUUUAGGUUAGCCAUCACUGGUCUUCCCUUUGUCCCAGUGACCCACUCCUCUACCUGGACAUGCCCCCUCUUCUGGCAGGCUCGUCCUGCCUCCCUUCUCCAGCCCUCACCUGUGAAGAUCAAUCCAAAUUACAAGGCACUUUUUUAGACUCCAGGCUAAGGGUAGAUUCCACGGCUCUGCCCAUUAAGUGUUAAGAGCAACCCUUGUUUUUCCUGCAGAAAACACGACAGAAACAUGCUUGGAAAGCCCUGGUUUCAUAUUCCAAACAUGAGUUUUUGUUGCUCUUUCUGGGGUGGCUGAUAUCUUAUCAGAGCAGUCUCUCCUCUCUAGGCCCCCCAACAACAGCAAAAGCCAAUGGCUCAUUGCCCAGGGCCUGCCCCUGCCUCUUCAGUGCCAGGGCCCUGUCACUCAGGCAGGCCAAGGCGGGCUUCCUCCACUGUGUGGCUUUGGAAUAUUAACCUCCUCUCCAAGGAGAGAGCCUUCCGGGCAAGUGGGCACGCUGAAAGUACACGCGCUAAGGAACUUAGCCAACCUCCUGGGCAUUUCUUAACUCAAUCUUUCUGCCUGUUCUUUGGCUUGUCCCACAAAUUGUGUGUUGGUCUAUUUUAAAUUAAAAAUGCUAUUUGUCAUUCUC